AGCAUUUGCGAUGGCGAUGUGUGUGAUUUCUGUCGUUUGCGGAGAAUAUUUUUUUAACUUGUGUUUUUACUGAUACAACGUGAGAUAAAUGAAUGGUAAACCAAAAUAAAGUGAUACUACCUAAAAUAGUGAAGUGACCAAGUCGCGUUACAUAGGUAUCACUGCUGAAUAAUAACGCGAGAUGAUGGAGGAUAGCUCAGAGGCCCACAUGGAAACAGACGUGUCUUCUACCACAGAGGAUGUUCCUGGAACCCAAGAGGUAUCGGGCUCUAAUGGUAAUGUAGACAUGAUUGUUAUUGUUGAGAAGGUCUCUGAUGAUGAGAGCUCAUGCAGCGAUGCGACAAAAGACCAGAGCAAAAAGCAAUCUUCGUCCACUGACCAUGAGUUGGUUCCGGACAGCAUUCCCAAUCCACCUCAACCCUUACCACAGGUUGCAGAACUGCAACCACCAAUGCCUGAAAAGUCUCCUUCUAAGCACACUGAGGCCCAGAAGUCACCUACAACACAAGAGCAUUCUUGUAACAAAGAGGCUCUUGAAAUUCCAAAAGAUACACCCUCACCAUCUUUAAUCCAAUCUGAGGAAGCUGCAGACUCUUCACCUCUUAAAGUUGAUGUACAAAAAUCUUCAAAAAAGAGCAUUACUCCUAAAAAACAAAGCCCUGUAAAAGAAGACCAAGGGAACAAAACUCCCCAAGUAUCCCCCAUGAAAGAACAGUUAGAGGAAACUAAAAAACUAAGCCCACAAAGAGAUACUGCUCUGCAAGAAACUGCCCCAGCAAUAAAUGGGAAUGUUGAGAGUGAAAAUAACAUUUUGAAAGAUGAUGAUUCCCCCCAGUCAACAUCAGUCCAAAUUGUUAUAGAGAAAGAGCCAUCUGAAGAUUCACAGCCAGAAACAAACCCUGACUUGACAGAAAAAGAACACAACAAAAGUAUCAGCAGGGAGUUGAAGUCUCUUAUCAAGUCUGCCAAAGAAUCCAAGAUAAUAAGUGAAUGUACUCAACUGACUACAAAAACUAGGAAGUCUAGGGCUCCCUUAGAUUCUGCAAACACAAGCCUCAAUGUGUCUGUAGAGGCUGACAAGAUACAAGACGUCAGACGCAGCAGUUCCAACUCUCAGAAGAGCAACUGUAGUGAGAAGGCUGAAAAGGUUCCAGUCAAAAGGUCAAUGAGGUCACAAAAUCCAGAAUUUGUAAACAAGGUAAAGCAAUUUUUGAACUCUGUAACUUCUAAAGUGCAAAAGGAAUCUGAUGAGGGUACAGAUGAUGAUCUUGAGGAAACAAAGGUGAAGGACACUAAAAAUGAAUCAUCACCUUAUGUGCCCAAGAAGAAAAAAGUACUAGAGAAUGUGGACCAGGAUAAUAACAAGCUCAAGUCGGAUCCGUAUUGCUGGCGCUGUCAUUGGGCUGUGGAGCAAGUGGCCAACGAGAAGACUCACCCACCGCUGGCAUGUACGGUCUGUCCCCGUGCAUUCCAUUACAAAUGCCUCAGCGGUGUCGAGAGAAGCAAGAUCAGCCCUGAGAAGAGUUGGGUGUGCCCUGAGUGCAUGGCAAUCCUACAUGCAGAGAGCUUAGAAACCAGAUCACAAGCAAUGAAAAAGAUCUCCUUGGCAACGCUGUGUGAGCUUCUGACCUUUGCUGUGGAGCGAAUAAUGGAUCUCAAUGGGGUGGAACCAUUCAUGGCGCCCGUGGAUCGCACCCUAUUCCCAGACUACGACAAGUAUGUUGUUCACCCCAUGGAUCUUCUGCAAAUGAAGGCAAACAUUGCUGACGCUGUGUACGGCAGCACAGAAGCCUUCAUAGCAGACGCGCAAUGGAUACUCCACAACAGCAUUAUAUUCAACACAUUCCAAUCAAAGCUGACGGCGGCCGCGCGGACCUUAGUUCGCUCCUGCCGUCUGGAGAUGGGGGAAAUUGAAGCGUGUCCAGAGUGCUACGCGGCGGCGCACGCUCGCAAACCCACGUGGUUCACCGACGUCUGCACCACACCUCACAUGCUGCUGUGGGCUAAACUGAAAGGUCAGUGA